UCUUGUCGUCUUCGUGGAGAUACCGGCUGGCUGAUCCCCAGGUCUCCAGACAAGAAUCCUACACCAUGGGCUCUCCUUCCCCUGCAUUGUCGACCCUUGGCGGUCCGACCUAUGUCACUGCCCAGACCCUCAUUCAGCAGGUCGCUUAUGUGCUGAGCGACAAGAUCUUCUCCUACUCCCCGGAGUCCUUCGACCUCGAUGCUGCUCUGCAGGAAUGGGCCUCCAAGAAGGAGAUCAAUGCCAAUGGUGAAUCUCCCGAAGUGAAGGCCAUGGAGACUCGCCAGGGUGCCGGUAACAUCGCCCUCGGUUACAUCUUCUCCCAGGACUUCGAUCUGAAGAAGCGCCACGUUCCCCAGGGCAUCGUCGCAUCCUCUGCCACCCUCCCUUACAUGCGUGCGGCUUUGGAGCAGCUGUCCCUCCUGUACUCUGUCGCCAGCCCCGUCGCUGCCCACGUCGCCGCUGUCGACUAUGCCGGUGAAGAGGGUCUGGUCUCCGACUAUGCCUCUGCCCUUACCCUUGCCGAAGAGCUUGGCCUGGGUCUGGUGUCCAGUGCCUCUGUCCACGAGUCGCAGCACAUGGCUCUGCUCACCACUCUCCUCUCGUCGGUGUUGCCAUCCGUACACAUCUAUGACGGUGUGCGUGUCGGCCGGGAUCACACUCGCGUUAUCGAUGUCCUCGAUCAGGCCGGUCUCUCUCGCACCUACGAGACCGUCCGCAAGACCCUCGAGGACUCCCGCAGCCGCCACCUUGACUCGCAAGGAAAGCUGCUGGAGCUCCUUCAGUCCCUCAACGGCGAGCUCGGCACCGAUUACGGCCUUUUCGAGUACCACGGUCAUGCUGAGCCUUCCUCGGUCCUCGUUGCUUUCGGCACUGUCGAGGCCUCUCUCACCGCUCAAGUUGCCCGCUCUCUGGCCAAGGACGGCGUCCGUGUUGGUGUCAUCAACGUUCGCGUUUACCGUCCUUUCGUGGAAGAGGAAUUCCUGCGCGUUCUGCCGAAGUCGGUCAAGACUGUCGGUGUUCUCGGCCAGGUUCCCAGCGAGCAGGCUGUGCAGGAGCAGGGUGUUCGCUCUGCGCUGUAUGAAGAUGUUCUCGCCGCCCUGACUUUCGCCACCGAUCGUGAGCAGGCCCCCGCCUGUGUGGAUAUCAAGUACGCCCGCGCUCAGCGCUGGGAUCUGAUUAACACUGCUGCCACCUUCCAGCUGAUUCACGACACGCCAAUCGUCAAGGAGGGUGCAGAGACUGAGCCCCUCCAGCUGCUCGACCCCUCUGUCGUGCAGGAAUACACCUUCUGGGAUGUUGACAACUCCGUUGGUGGCGAUGUCGCCACGACCCUUGCGCAAGCCUUGGCCGCUGAUUCGGCAAGCAAUGUCACCACCAGCAAGGCCCACGACAACCUCAUCCAGGGUGGAGUCGUCCGUGUCGAUAUCCGCAAGAGCUCCAAGAUCGUGGAUGCCCCGUACGCUAUCACCGCUGCCGACACUGCUUAUGUUGGAGAUAUCAAGCUCCUGGGUGAUGUCGACGUUGUCGCUUCCGUUAAGAGCAACGGCAAGAUCAUUGUCAACGCCCCCGGUGUGAAGGACGAUGAGCUGGAGAAGAAGCUGCCCGUGGCCUUCAGACAGGCUGUCGCUGAACAGGGCAUCUCUCUCUACCUCAUUGAUGCUUCUGUUGCCGGUGACUCUGCUCCCGAGUCCUCCACGAUCCAGGUUGCUUUCUUGCGAGUUGCGCUACCUUCCCAGGAGAGCUUGGGCAUCAAGAAGCUCGCUUCCAUUGGCGGAAAUGCCGAGUCCCUGGAAAGUGUCAGCAAAGAGCUUGAAAAGGUGCUCCACCCCGAGGAAGGAUCCCAGGCCAGCCAGCUGCCCAAGGACAUCUCCCCCAACAGCUUCGUCUCUUUCGAGAAGGAAGAAACCGAGCCCGCCUCCUACCUCAAGGACUGGCAGACUGCUGCCAAGGGUCUCGCAUUCAAGGAGGCCUACGCCACCCAGAACGCCCUCCGCCCUGAAACAGCCACCAAGACGUUCACCGUCCACGUGAAGGAGAACAGACGCCUGACUCCCGAAACCUAUGACCGGAACAUCUUCCACAUCGAGUUCGACUUGGGCGACUCUGGGCUUAAGUACGACAUCGGCGAGGCGCUCGGUGUCCACGCCGAGAACGACCCCAACGAUGUGCUGGAGUUCAUCCAGUUCUACGGUCUGAACGCCAACGAUAUCGUCGAGGUGCCCAGCCGUGAGAGCGCUGCCGUCCUGGAGAACCGCACUGUUUACCAGGCCCUUGUCCAGAACCUUGACAUCUUCGGUCGUCCUCCCAAGCGCUUCUACGAAGCCCUUGCCGAGUUUGCCAGCGAUGAAAAGGAGAAGACCGACCUUCUCACCCUGGGUGGCCCUGAAGGUGCUGUGGAAUUCAAGCGCCUUGCCGAGGUCGACACCGUCACCUUCGCCGAUGUCCUGCUCAAGUACUCGUCCGCCCGCCCUGACUUCCACGACCUGAUCCGUAUCGUCGGUCCUCUGAAGCGUCGUGAGUACUCCAUCGCCUCUUGCCAGAAGGUGACCCCGACCACGGUGGCGCUCAUGAUCGUCGCCGUGACCUGGGCGGACCCCACUGGCCGCGACCGCUUCGGUCUGGCGACCCGGUACCUAAGCCGACUCCAACCCGGAGCCCCGAUCACCGUCAGCGUCAAGUCCAGUGUGAUGAAGCUGCCCCCCAAGUCCACCCAGCCGCUCAUCAUGGCCGGUCUGGGAACUGGUCUGGCGCCCUUCCGCGCCUUCGUUCAGCACCGCGCGCUCGAGAAGGCCCAAGGCAAGGAGAUCGGUGCUGUUCUCCUGUACAUGGGCUCCCGCCACCAGCGCGAGGAGUACUGCUACGGUGAGGAGUGGGAGGCCUACCAGGCGGCCGGUGUCAUCACCGUCCUGGGCCGUGCCUUCUCUCGUGACCAGCCCGAGAAGAUCUACAUCCAGGACCGCAUGCGCCAGACCCUGCCCGAAAUCGUCCAGGCGUACAUCCGCGAAGAGGGUGCUUUCUACCUCUGCGGUCCCACCUGGCCCGUUCCUGACGUGACCGAAGUGCUGGAAGAGGCCAUCGCCAUCGAGGCCAAGAACCAGGGCAAGAAGGUCGAGCCUCGCAAGGAGAUCGAGAAGCUGAAGGACGAGGAGAGAUACGUUCUCGAGGUGUACUAGACGGGACGUUGGGGUUGGGAGUGGAGUGGAGGAGAGGAGAUGGUGGGGAAAAUGUGGAAAAUAUUGUUUUGCGUGCAGAUGAUCGGGCCAUCCUGUUUUGAGUUUAGCGCCUUCUAGCAUAGACUUGCUGAUCCACGAUACGAUAGACUUG